AUGAGCGUUUCAGCGGAUAGUAGCCCGCUUACAAGCGAUCCAAAUGCAAAUAAUCUGAAGCAAGGCAGUUUGCUGUUAAGCAUUUAUGGCUAUGCUCCUUUCCCUGGUAAGUUUGUUCACAACUGACAUCUAUUUGUAAGUAGUUGUUUAUAAAUUGCAUGGUUUUCACAGACAAUGGUACACGAGAUUUCGAGAAUGGCCUUUCUUUCAUCGUCCUUUGAUUCUCCCACAAAGAAGAAAAAAAUUGCGUGUCUUCUGCCUAAGUGCCCUUAAAGCUUUCGUUUAGCAGAAAAGAAAAAAUCGCUCUCCCCUUUUCUCCCAAUCGUUAACCAGUUUCGCUGGAUUGAUUGAAAGCGCACGACACAAAAUGUAACUAUAAGCCUAACUCUCUAGUAAGAUGUAAUGACUGCAACUACAUGUAUUACUAUUAUGUAUAAUGAGCGCCAAUUUCACGGAGUUUAAUGGGGAAAAAGAAUUUUUACAAGCGGCCUUUAGAGAGAUCGUAGAUACUUGCUUCCCUUUUUUGGUUAAUUUUUAUUUUGUAAUUAUCUCUAAAUUUCGUGACUUGCCUAAUCGUUUGGCCACCUAUAGGCGUGAAUCUGAUAGGUUUCAAUGUCUUUGGAACAGCAGACAUCAUUAGCGGUUUAUCACGGUACGAUAUUUGUACAAUGAUUUCAUUGCGGAGCGUCCCAAAAUUCCUUUCAACUUACUCUGUUUCCUACGAUGAUUGACAAACUUAUCUAACACCAACAAAUUCUUGAAGUCAUGGGUGGAGAUAUCGGACUGAAGGAAUUUUACGGGACAUGAUUUUCUUUGUCUUUUCCUUUUCGUAUUUCCGAUAACAGAUAGCUGGCGGAGAAGGCAACAACACAACGGAAAUUGCCUUUGACGGGUGAAUGCCCCUCAUUAGCAAGGCCCUCCAUCUCUUUUAUUUUGGUGGUAUAAUUUUCAAACUAGACCACAAAAAUAGUGCUUCUUUAAGGUGACUGCAUUCAAAGUGAUUAUAUCCAGUAAGUCGAGUUUGAGACGCGGUUAACGACGCAAUCUGCUUGUGUUACAUGGCAUACGGCAGACUAAUCGAAGUCCACAUUGUGCUAUCGAAUUUAAGGUUAAACCUUUAUCGCUUUUCGUCACGGACGGUUGAUCAAACUCCUGUUACGCUAAUUGUUCCAACACUAAAGAGUGUGUUAGGGCUUUUAUCUCAGAGUGUGUCAGGGUUUUUAUCUCAGAGUGUCUCAGGUUAUCUUGGUUUAACCCGUCGAUUCCACUCUGUUGGAUCGUCAGCUUGUUUGGCGCCUUCACCGUAAACCUAAUACUUGCGUGGUUUAGUAAACGGAAUUGGGUAUAGAAAGGUUGGGGGUUACAUUAGCUUGGGAGGAGGGGAUGGAUAGGUUUGGAAGUGAUCAAUAAUACACUCCUCACCCUUCUCAUUUUCACAUUGAUAAAACACGCAAAAGCAGAAUUUGAUAUAAAAAAAAACAUCUGAAAUUCUCUAAUUAAAAGAUAAUUGGUUAUAAACUCCUCACGCUUCUUAUUUUCACAUUGAUAAAACACGCAAAAGCAGAAUUUGAUAUAAAAAAAACAUCUGAAAUUCUCUAAUUAAAAGAUAAUUGGCAAUACACUUCUCACGCUUCUUAUUUUCAUAUUGAUAAAACACGCAAAAGCAGAAUUUGAUAUAAAAAAAACAUCUGAAAUUCUCUAAUUAAAAGAUAAUUGGUUACCUGAACAACAUUCUGUUUAUAAUUAUGUGUUUAUCAAUCACAAUUGUUAUGACAAACGUUAAUCGAAUCAGCAUACCAGAAAACUCUUAUCAUGUAGCUUUUUUUCCCUGUUCCUUGAGAAUACAAAAUUAGUCCAGCUUUUUUCUUUAUUCUGGAUGUCAAAACUUAGAGAAGCAAUUCAUGCCUAGGUGCCUCCUCGAUCAUUGUUGUUAUUACGUGGUCAUCUCGAUGGCACGCUGCUAAACUAAGUUAAUUGCGGAGUCUGUUAUAUCCUUGAAGAUAAGGGCUCCUUCUUCCACCAUGAUACGCAUCCACACCUUUUCUUAAAAUAUUUUGAAAGCUGCAUCUGUUCAGUUGUUGAUCUCGAAAAACCAUGGAGCCUAUGACAAUAUAUAUUUUGUCCAACAUAGUGGAACGAAAUUCACCAACGUGUGAAAUCCAUUAAAUAAUGGUUUAAAAAAAAAAGCUUUCUCAAAAACUGAAAUAACUUGAAGUUUCUUUGUUAUCUUACUAUAAUUUUUUUAUCUUUUAUUUUUAUCACCGGCCUGACUAUGUCGAUUUAAAAUACUUUAUAACACUAUUCUCUCUUUGAUUUACAGCUUCUACUUCCCCUUCUUCUGAGUUGAAAAAACAAGCUCUUGGAAGAUCGAACAGUGUUGGAAUUAUUGAGAACAUCCAUACAAAAGCUAUUCAAUCAUCACCCUUGGCCGGCGAAAUACACUACGGUAAGAGAAAACACAAGUUGAAAAAAAAUUGUCUUAGGAAGAAGUAUGAGAUUGAUUUUUAAUGAAAAUUGCUUUUCUAAAGGCAGCGAUUAUGUUAGAACCCCUCUGUUAUGCAACACACUGGGAUGUAGCCACGUGGCACGUGGCUAUCCCUGUUGAGGACGUGAGGUAUGUACUGCAAUGUACAACAGGAAGUAGAUGAAGUACACGAGAGCGAGGCAUUAUUUAGUCGCCCAACCUCUCAUGUUGCACCCGCCAUUGAAAAAAAUGAUCGUGAAAGAUGAUAUGGUUUUUACUGGUAAAAAGGAUAGGGAAAACAAGGCGUGCCGUGAUAACUGUAGGUUUUUUUGAUUGGGUCGUUCUGAAAGGAUUAAUUAUGAGCAGUUUUUCAAUAGUAUUCAUUUCUAGACUUGCCGGUCAUUUGAGACAAAGUACGCUGUACUACCCUGGUUUGUAAAAAUAGUAAUGAUUAGUUAAACCUACUCGUUACUUAGCAAAGAUUGAGUCACCUUACAGGAGUGGUGCGUGUAGGCGGUAGAUGUAUUUAUAUGUAAUGGUAGUAUUUUUGCACCGAGAACAGCGUUUGCUAAUUUUAUACCUCUGCAUGACAUGCAAAGAAAAUGUUUUGAUUUCCAUGGCUUUCGUGCGGGGCUAAUUGGCGCUGCAUGCACGCGUUAUUGUUCAGCAUAUUCAAUUUAAUUUUUGAAUCAUGUUAUCGGAAAUGAAGUAAAUGCUGAAAGAACUAUUUAAGUGGGCUUGCAUUACGCACUACACCCACUUACCAGCCUUACUGCCCUUUGAGCGCCUUAUCUGACUGGCAGAGGCGGAUAUCGAUUAUCGUUUACAGAACCGGAACGACCAGAAAUGUUAUCGUAUGGUUAUCGUGAGCAUAAUCUACCAUUUGAUUGAUGUUAUUUACUGACGGUCGUAUGCAAUGUCUGCUCAUCACUUCGAUUGGAGUUUUGAAAAAGCAAGGAAAAAAAAAGUAAUCUUUCAUCAUCGCUUGGGCGAAUCUUAUCGCAAUCUGGCAAAGGUACGUACCACCUGGCUCUCGGUAACCUGGUUCAAGUAAUUAACAGUUGGCUGAGAGAAUUCCAUGUAAAUGUAUGUCUGAAACCCUGUUCUAUUUUGAAAUUAUCAAAACCUGCCAAGAAAGUCUAAGCCGGUCUUUCUACGGAUUUCGCGCGACGAACUGAAAGGGAUAUUCUUUUGCAAUAUAUAUGUUGCCCUUACGUUCUUAAUUGCUGCUUAACGAGGUUACGUGGGCUAAUAAACGUUACCUCGAUUGGUGCAAAAUCGUCGCACUUGUAGUGUUGAAUUAAGAAUUAAAAGUAGGGCGUCUUUUUUCAAGAGUAAGAGCUUUUAAAUUUGUGUAAGAAUUGAUGUUCUUUCUAGACACUAAACAUGUUAUCAGACUUCAGGUUUUGAGGUCGAGGUUUGAUCUGCACCCAGUUAGGCGUAAAUCACGCGAUCUGCGGUCAACAGUUUGUCUGCUACUCGGUCACUUAGCAACGAUGGUCACCUUUCGUUAUUAUGUACACCUCAUUAGACUUCUUACACAAAAGAAUAACUCGUACAGACUAGAGCUAGACUAAGGUGGUUGCAAUGGAUAGGCGAUAUUGACGCAGACCUAAAGAUCCAAGCUGAGGGGAGGAGGGAACGGCUUGCGUCAAGUGUAUCAUACGCCUUGAGUAACAGAAUGCUUUAAGUGGCACAAAAUUUCUGUGCUUUUUUUCCUCUUUUUUUUCGUUUGGGUUUUAGUUGAGAGUCUUCUUCCUAAAGGAUUAAUGGCCUCGGCCCUGUGUGUAAAAUAAAAAAUGGAUUUACAGGGUUGAAUGGAUUGAAAAUAAAAACCAUGGGGUUUGAUAUUGUUAUGACAAGUUCUUUAUCAGUUAAAACGAUGUUUUACAAAAUUCACUAUUUGAUAUUGCCUUAUGGCCUCUCAAUCCGCUUGAUGGAAAGAUCUGGAAAAGCUUUCUCAAGAGGGUGCUUUAUAUGUGGGCAAUUUGCCACUGUUGUGUCGAUUACUUCGUUCUUACUGUGCAGCUUAAUUUAACUAUUCCUUGAUGAUGCGUUUUUCCUGGAGGAGACGAGCUACUUUUGCAGGUCUAUUUGAACGGCUUUACAUAACGUGAAAAGCGCAGGUGUCGGCCACAGCGCCUUUAAUGCAUACAUGGCGCUCUUAGAGCCUUAAAUUCUUUUCAGUGAGUAGUAUCGAUCACGCCGGCCACAAAGGUAGACUAAACGGCUUAGUUCUCAGAGUAAGCUAGCACACUGAGCUGAAGACAGAACAAGGUCUCGGAAGUAAUCAACCAAACAAAACGAAGCCAUUGCUCGUGAAGAAAAUUUUAGCUUGAAUACAAAGCAUCAAAGGAAUAAUUUCAAAUGGUAAAUCUCUACAGCUUAAUUACCUAGUUCAUAGCAAUGAGAUUUUUUUACCUAUUAAUUUUAUCACUCACAAAAAUGUUCGUAUUUUUGAGCUCGACGGUUCCGCUUGUGAGAUCUCGCUGUUAUUCGCUAAGACAAAAUCCGAUUAACUCUCAGCAGAAUCUUCCUUUGUUAUAAAGAUCCCGCUAUUACAUUGCAAGCUAAUUAAGACAACAACAUAACUACCUUAUCAACUGGUGUAUUUCUUCCAAAUGGUCUUAAUUCCCAGUUAAACCUUGGAGUAUCAGACUUCCCACAAAUCUUACGUGUAUUAUAGAAGAAAGAACUGCUUGAUCCUUCCUAUUCGAUUGCGUGGGGUAUGGCUUAUGGCCCUCCUAAAAGUCGUUCCCCUGUAGUUUCAGAUUUAUUUGUUUAGCCCCGAUUUUUCCAUAAGUUUCUUUAAAGCUUAUUCAGAGUCUUAAACUGUAAUCUUUGACUUAAAAGAAGAUCAAAAACAGAUCGAAUAGAGAAUCUUUUAUAAAGCUUUUCUUUUAAGGCCUAUCUAUUCAACAACGCUAAACGGUGUUUCUUUUCAUUUAAGAGGGUCUUCAUAGAGUGAUGGCUCUCACGGCUUACGGUUGAAAUUUUGGCCAUUUUACGGCUAACAGUUGAAAUUUUGGCCACUUUACUGCUAACAUUUGAAAUUUGGCCAUUUUAUGGCUAACGGUUGCAAUUUUGGCCGUUUUACGGCUAAUGGUUAAUAUCAUAAGUCCCUCUUUUAACCCUUUAACUCCCAUUAGUGACCAAAACAGAAUUUCUCCAAACAAUAUCAAUACAAUAUCAAGCAGAUAAGUGAUGAGAAUAAAGAAAAGAUCACUUUGGGGAUAAUUAGUUGAUCUAAUACUGAAUUCUCUGAAGUAACAUUACAAGAAUUGUAUGGUUAACCUUACUGGAAAAAUUACAAGUUUGAUCUGGGAGUUUUAAUAGUUAGCGUGGAAUUACCCCUGACAAGGGAGGGGUGACUGGGAAUGGGAACCAGUCUCUUUCUCCCUCUUUGAUUUUUGACUACUUUUCCCCCACAUACUACUUUUAAAUUUUUUUUUUUUUUUCGGUGACAGAGGUGGGGAAUGGAUCAGUGUUAUGUGGGUUUCUCUAGUAUCAUUUAGGUCCGCUCUCAUAUGCUUCGCCAUUGGAAAUACUUCUUAAGGAUUAACUCCAUGCGAGUAACCAACAUCUUAUAUCUUCUUACAGUAAUACUGCUGAAUUAUUUAUUAAGAGCAGGAGAAAAGAGAAAUGAUCACCAAUUUAUCUAAAAGGAUUUGAUUGUUCAAGGAAUUCUCCUUGUUGGUAGCAAAGGGAAGAAGACAAAAAAGUAUUGAGAACAUGAAUAGUAAUAUUAGCGGUGUAAAAGGUUACAUUAAUUAAAUUCAGACCACAGGGAAGUCUUUCGUUACACAGCCUUAAAAAAAAUCCCUAAGGAAAGUAAUGACUGGGACCUAUUUGUUGACACCUUUAUAAAUAACCAUAUACAACUGAGACCAGUAAAGUGACACCCAAUACCUGCCGUAUUGACUUUGGAGCCUUUUUCAAUUAGCAUAAGGCACAGCCGACGCUACCGACAAAACAUGAAUAUUCAACGCGGUACCCUCAGCGCAAUGAACUGUGAUCUCCACUCGUAUUGUUCGCCGGUAAAAAUAUCCUUCGCAUCACCGAUGAGUGGGAUUGUUUGGGCCAUAAGCACGUUUUAAUUACGCGAGCUCCUCUCGAAUACAGCGCUUCAACUGUGGUUAUUUUUGGCUUCAAUACUGUUGAGCAAAAUCUGUCGAACGACUUCGAGCACCACUCUCAAGAGUAAUCUAUCUUCACCUCUCAUUGGUGUGACAACUUCGAUUUAGGUGAGUUGAAAUGAUUUCGAAAAACCGCAUGAAAGAAUGGCAUUGCACGGGCGUAGUUUUGUAAGCUAUGCGAGACAUGUCGGCGCAACCAGUCGCUAAAUUUUUUUUGAGUACAGUCGUCCGAUAUUUCCUGUUCAAUACCAUUGUAUGCGCUUUUAACGUCGAGGGCGAGACGGUGGCCGCUUGGCUCGUUUCAAAUCGAUCAUUUACAAAAACGUCCCUCACUUGCCACCGAUGAAAACGUGGUUAAAUUUGUCUGAAUAAUCGACAGUUCCGACAAGGAGGCUUAAGUUAUAAAACUCUUGAAUAAUCCCAAUGUACAGCUGACAUUUGAAGAGGUAACAAAUGCAGGCUAUAAUAUUACUCGCCUUCUGUGAACUUCGUUACUACGAUUGAUCAGUAUAUAUAUGGUUGAUGUUUUUGGAUUUUAUUGUAAGAAAUAUCGAUCAAAUGUUUAACUUGGUGAAGCUGGAAUCUGCGCUUUCAGGUUUGUGUUUUGCUGUUUAUAUUUUGUCUGUCAUUUACGAUUUACGCCCAGCGCGGAAAGCAAUAAUUCACGAUAUGGGAAAAUUUUGAGAUGCCUUUUUGUUCUUUAACAAUAUGACGUGUCAAAAAGCAACGAGCUUUCAGGUUUUCUUAAGAUCAGGCCUAUGUUUCUUGCCGGUGAAUUUGCGCUUUCUUCUAUGAAAGGACCUACAUCGAAGUUUCUAGUCGAUGGAAAAUGAAAUUGAAAAUCACUUGGUCUGAAGGGUUUACGGAAAAUUUUUGCUCUCCAUUAUGCAAAUGCACAGAUAACGUAUUGAACUAUCAGGGUACUCGUGUUUUGAUUUUUCAUUGAAAAAUAACUUCGUAAUUUUAAAAAUUUUCGCCAGAAACAAGAAGCGAAUUCGACAAAGACAAGAUUGGGUCUUUAGUGUCACUACGAUGCUUCGACCUAUUAUUCAUAUUUACAUCUGUUACUCUGAAUAGUUGCUGCUGUUCCUAAUUGAGUCGCAGUUGGUUGUCAUUCAUGAACGGGUGCAGCUUAUAAACAUAGACGGAAAGAAUUAAAAUCGAAGCAGCAAUUCAGAUCACCCGUUCGUGGGAAAAAGCGUGACGCACGCUGAGGCAGAAUCGAAAGUUAAUGUGAAUUAAGUGAAAAGCGAAACUGACAAGUGACAAUUAUUUUACCCCUUCGGUACGGAAGGUCAGAUAUGUGUUUUCAAACUCAAUUUUGUUCGUCAUCGUAGAUUUCACGGUAUCUCAUUAUUUUUAAAGUAGCUUAAACUUCAUAAAGCCGCGGUAUUGGUUAUAUCAGACCCUUACUCCUCGGUAUUGAACGUAAAAGCCUCGUAAGCACCCAAGAUAUGAGAUAUAUAGCCCGCGAAUUACUCUUGUGUAUGCUCCGUAGAACUUAUUUAUCAGACAGCGAAAUAAUCCUGCUGUUUACUUUAGGUGCUCUUUGUUACAACCUCGUUUGUUAUGAUUUUCUUUGAGUCGAAUUUGUUUGCGAAACAGCAGCUUUCGUACACAAACUGACUUCAUUCUCUCGGAAACAUGACAUUUAGUGAAUAGGCAGGAUUUGGUAAGGAUUUGUGCGCAUGUUGUCAAAGCUAAUAAAUCUGCGCAGCAAAAUAUUGGUUCAGUGUCGUUAAUUCAUUAAAUUUUUAUUUCACCCGUUAGUAGUCGCACCUUAAAGUAUAAACGCAGUAGAGUAUGAUAAUAUCACCACAACAAACACCACUAGAAUUGAUCGCAGUGUACCCUAGAGAGUAGGGUCUUUUUCUGCUCGCUAACCACGCACGCGAUGUCAUUGCAAUAAUUUGCCGUAGGUCAAGAAUAAGCCUUAUUAGUUACCGUACUAAAAAGCUCUUUGGGUUUCUGCUUCUCUGUUCUAGAUGCGUCCAAACGAAACAGUUGUUUUGAAAUAAGAUCCAACGAGAUGCCAAAGAGAUCUACACCAGGCGAGCGCGAGAGAAAAACGUCCUCUCGUUUAUUCCGCUCGAUGUCUUUGAGCGGACGCAAGCAGACAAAUAAAGAUCAUCCCGCUGGAGACGAUAAGAGGAAUUCGGCCAUUUCUAUAUCAGAUAAUGAAAAAGUCACUGUCCUUAGGGAUCACAAUGCGCAGCUUUUAGACGAGAAAAACAAAGCCGUGAACGAGUGUGAUAAAAUGAACAAGGAUCUGGUGGAUGCUCACGAAAAAUUAAAGGAAGCCGAGCGAGAGAUCGAAAAUUUGAAAGAGUUGUUGAGCACGAAGAUAAAGAAAGAAUUUGAUAACUGCGAGGUGGACGCAAGCGACAAAAUAACUCGAAUGUCGUAUAGUGACCUUGAAUUAGAACCUCUGGAGACAAAGGACAAUGUGAUUUUUCCUUCUAAAGUUGAACACCUCGAGACCACCAUUCAAGCAAGCGCUGUUCCACUUCAGAAGACUUCUUCGUGUAAGGAGUGCGAACGUUUGAAACAGUCUCGGAUCAAAGCUGUGGUGGAGGCCAUCGCUUUGAGGAAGUACGUCAAAAAUCUGAACGACGCUCUUUCUGGUGGUGAUGCGGAUAAACAGAACUUUUUAAACGACGUUCAGAAAAGGCUUAUUUCUGCACAAACUGAGAAAGAGGUCGCUUUGGAAGAACUUGCAACAGUUAUUGAUCAAAGGAAUCAGGCAGUUAGAGAAAAGGACAGAGCACUCGAGGAAUGGGGAAAAGCAACGGGUAAAUGGGAGAAUACUUUGGACCAGUUAGAUUCCCUUGUAAAAGAAAUGAAUAAGGUGAGAUUUCUUUAAACCAUGUGUGCAUUUGCGUGUGAUGCGCGCGUGUUAUCACACAGACACGCGCGCAUUCGAGGCAGUUUAAAGUCAAGUCCCUCUGAGUCGGUUGAUUACGUUAAGAAGCAACUUAAGAAAGUUAUGAUGGCAUAGAGGUGGGUUUGACUAUAUGAUAGAGGAAUCAGAGAUCUCUCUCCAGGGUGUUUUUGGUUAUGAAUUUUAGACCAGAGAGAACUGAUUGUCUUAAGAAUGGCACUAACACGGGUAUUUUUUCCGAGAGAAAAUGAGGCGUUUUAUUCAGCUGAUAGCUGUUUCUUAUUCUAUCUUAUGGUGUUUAAAAUAACAGUGAAACCACAAUGUAACAACGUAUUAGGAGUAGUGGUCGAACUUGCAAAUACUGAUUAUAUUGAAAUAACUGAAUGAUCAAACCGUGUCCACAAAGGUUCAACAGUGUCAAAAAAGUUGGCGAGGAAAGUUUAUUGGGCCCGUUUUCUCCAACCAGAAAGCUAGUCUUAGAAGUUUACACAGUUAUAGAGUUUCCCUAUUUCAUUAUCUGCCAUUUUGUUCUCAAACGAAUAUAAGAAACACUUUAGGUGAUGUUUGAAGUAUGCAAUGGUCGCGCGGUUUUCUUUGAGCAAAGGGGGAAGGAAUUUUGGGCACAAAAUGUGCACUUGCACCGUUCAGAAAAUGGCCGUCGUUAGAAAUUAAUUAUUCUUAAAAAACCACAGAUACGUCCUGAUUACUAGACCGGUACUGCAUCUUCUCACGUACAGAACGCUCCAAUGUUUAGAAAUAAAAUUAUCAACAUGAUCAUUUGCUUUGCUAGAGUAGGCCCCAGUAGGUUCUUUUCUUUACUCGGCUUUCGAAAACGCGUCUUUCUAGUUGACUCUGUGCCAUGUUUAGUUCAAAACUGUACAGUCAGUUUGUAUUCCGAACCUCCAAUGUCACUUGUAUUUGCUGUUUGUAGACCAUCUUUGAUGGAUGUCAUGACAAACGCCACAAAAAUUUAAAGUAUGUUAAUGACUAUACCACAAGAAUGAAUUUCACAAUAGAAUGACUAAUUUGUUGCUCUUACAUAUUAAUUAUCUCACGAUCUAAGCAGAGCAAAACCUAUUUGUAUUGUUGCCUAACAGAUCUUAUCAUGUACUCUUGUUAAUGACACUUUGAAAGAGUGUGAAUACAGCGCGAUCUGUUCCUUUGUGCAAAGUAAGGUCUUGUGGCUUUUGAUAUUUUGCCUUCGGCGGGGGAUUCCUUUCGGCAUGCAACGAUGCUUGGAAGAAAGCACGCACAACUUUCGAUGUAUAAUAUGAAAAGUUAGGUUUUUAUUUUGAAGUGCAAUGCGUUUCAGUUUCAAUAUGUUACCACGUUUCGUAUUGGAUGAGUUAUAUAUCGUUAGAUGGCGAGACUGAUUCAAAAUUAUACUAACAGUUUUUGAUCGCUUUAUCAUGGUAGAUUGUCGCAACAAGUUUGUGCAUACCAAAAGUUUUAGCCUGAAAGUAAAACUUCCAAAAAUGAAUUUUGAGCAAAUGAUGUCAUCGCAAUUUGUUGAUCAAAAAAAGUAGAUCAAUUGUAAAAAAGAUACGAAGUGUAAUUAAGCCAAGGUACUCGUAAAAACUCCAGUUACGGUAGCCUAGACUUGCAUAAUCAAUGAGAGCUUGAAGAAGUCUUUCAUGAUAGCCCUCCAAGUUAAGUUUAAGUAUCGGAAGAUCUUAGACAAAGGUUCUCUCUUUAUACUUUGGGUUACGUCCCACAUCUCCCUGAGAUGAUUGGAAGCAUGCGGCAGUACUUUUUCUAAUAUAGAGGCUAAUAGCGAAGCGAACAAAUAUUAACUUGUCAGGAACCUAUGUGAGCACCUCAUUAAGCCCGUUUCAGUUGGUACAAAUGUAAGUACGUAAAGUUUUAUCUGAAAAGGAGUUGUAUAGAAAUCUAGAACGACUUGUGUUCAAUUGAGGGUCUGCAUGUAGCACACCUAUUGAUCGGUCAGUUAGUGACUUAUUUGCCUACCAUCACGAUGACUUGUCCAAUAACCAUGUCAGUUAAUCAGUCAGUUACACAGCUAGUCAUGAACCCAGCCAGUCAUUCCGUCAGUGAAUUAAUUUUGCAAUUAAUUGACCAUUAAUGAGUCAAUAUGGCAGCAUGUGGGCUAGUCCGUCCAUUGAUGAGUUGGUCAGUCAGUCAGGGAGCCAGUCAAGCAGUCAGUCAUUCACAAAGUCAAUCUGUGGGUCUGUCAGCCAGUCAUUUGAUCAUUACUCAGUCAGUCGGUGUGUCAUCCAUUUGUUAUCAUCCUUGUUAGUUAUUCAUAAGUUUUCGUUACAUUCUGUUUGCAGGUGAAAGCAGAACGCGAUGAUCUUACCAACAAGCUAAAGAGAAAAGAGGAAGCCUUAGAGAGAGUCAAGCAGGAGACAUCUUUGUUAUCUGAGCAGAUUGAAGUCACGAAGCAAGAUUCAAAUGACUCCAUAGAAGAAGAAGAAAAUAUUACCUUCAGGGACAGAUCCGAGAACACACAAUCUGUAAGAAAAUUGAGCACUGAACUCACAAAGGCUCAGCAACGAAAUUUUGAAAUGGACGCUAGAGUAACAUCACUAGAGGAGAAGUCAGAGACUUUUAAGAGAGAAAGAGACCAUGCGAAGGAACAGUGGAGGCAGUCUGUGAAGGAACGAAAGAGGUUACAUCGGGAGAUUGCUUGCAUUGUUCAAGCUAGGGACGAAGCAAUACAAAAAUGUUUUUCCACCGCAGAACAAUUAGAAAAACUGAAAGAGGAGUAUAAUCACUUGCUGAACCGGUUAGCAAAAACCGGUUUGAGUGCGAACAACACUAGUGAACUGUCAAUUCCGUGUUCUCUCAAGGAGUGUAAAUUUUGUGCGGGUGAUUCCGGUGGAGGACUUGAGGUAAUAGUUUAUCAUCUUCCUUAUGCAAUGUCAAUGAAGGCGUAGUUGAAGCCAAAAAAAAAAUGUAAACGAGACAGAUCUCCUUCCCCCCCCCUCAAUCGACCCAUAAUAGCUAUAGCUAUCUUCUUUCUUCUGGUGAGUUCUUUUUAGAGUUGUGCUAAAUUAAAAUUUAUCUACCCUUAAUAAUUAUAAAAUUUAUUUGAUGCCCUACUUCGUGAUAGUGUGACCUUAACCAGUAUAUUUGAUGCCCUUUAUUGCCAUUUGAAAAUUUCUAAUAUUCUUUUUCAUUUAGUCUCCAGAGACGUCAUUCACCGAAAGUGAAGAAAUUCGUGUAACUUUAGAAAAGGUUUGUUGAUAUGUGAGCACCUCUGGUUGUACAUGUAACAUAGGCAGGCUUGAUAUCAGCUUGUUUGGAAGGCACUAAAAUUGUUGUCAGGCUGAUUUGAAGGCAAUGGCGAUGAAUGUCAUUGUGGUAUGGAGCGAUAAGGUACCAGAAAAAACGACGUUGGAGGCCAAAAUGCUUCCCGCAGAUUUUUAGCAUUUCACAAAGUAAUAUCAGUAUCCAUAUUCUCCAUACUCUUCUACAAACCUUUCCUUUAGUACUGACUGGGAGAAUUUGAUUAAUAAUGGUAAUAGGACCGAGUGGAGUCCAAUUCGGUCUGUAAUCGUACGAGUGAUUAACAAAAUUGGACGACCACGAAGUGGGAGUCCGAUUUGUUUAUCACAAGUAUGAUUACAGACAGAAUUGAACGACAAGAAAUCCUGUUCUCAAUUAAUCAUAACCAUUUCAAUUUCCGAAAAAACAAUUACGCCUAAAACAAAUAUCUCCGGUGGAGACAAUGUCUUUAGUUCAAAAUUCCUUCAUUUUGGAAAUUGCCUUUUUUUCUUUGAAUAAGUGGUUGUUGCUAUGGUUAUUGUGAUCAACUCUAUGAUUGGUGGAUUCAGCUGAGUGGACCUAGUAUGAUUGGCUGCUUCAACUGUCCGAUUACAGUUGUCUGAUUACUGCUAGCUGUCCGAUUACAACUGUUUGAUUAUAACUGUACAGAGUGAUUAGUGAUAUAUAAAGCAGCUGAUGCACCAAUCGCAUUUCAAGAAAUUUUAAUGAUUAGGAUUAGUUAUAUAAUUUUGUUAGGUUGAGGAUCAUUUCCUUAAUUUUCGUGAUCUUAUUGUAUGAUUCAGCAGUAAAACCGUGAGGAGAAGUUAGAUGCUGGUCACUCUUAGGGUUUAUAGGGUUGACUGACAUAACAUGCGUUCUUUAUUACGAAAAGGCCAGAAAAGAAGUAAGGGAUGGUAUUUUUCUUUGUAAUUUAGGAUGAUCCAUUGGACUCUAUCAAAUUGGCCCGAGUUUCCAUGAAUGGAAGAUCUUUUACCGCGAUAAUUGAUGUUGACAAGGGUUUAGGGAGCGCGAGGAACAUAAGGUAAUUAAUGCUUAUAUUUAGCUUAUUACUGGACUGAUGUAGUUGAUUACACGUAGUUUAUUGAUAGAUAGAUUUUAAAAUCUUCUUUUCAUCGGUGUUCUACAUUUUUAACCAACCCAACAAGGCUCCACUGCCUUUGGGUUGUUAGUUCCCAUAAACCCCUCGAGUUCGAGAGAUUAAAAACAGGAAGUAAAGAAAGACGCUGUACUCUGGUGUUAAAAAAAAGAAUUUAAAAUGGUCAAAAAGGUAUAAGGAAAGGAGGAGCACGCAGCUCGUUCGUACGGAACAUUUGAAUUGUGAAAUUGAACGAUGAAAUGUUACUGCAUCUUUCAAUAACUUACGAACUUACGAGUUUCAGAAUCAAAGUUGCAAUUUUUUUUGGUGAUAGUGGUGCUAUUAAUUAUAGUCUAAACGAACUUCUAAGAGCACAAAAUAAAGAAUCGAUCAAAAUCUGUCAGUCGGAAUGUGAGAACAAAAUACUAUGAAACAGUGCCGUCCUUACCUCUUGAAGGAUCAUGUUGUAUACCUCACGAGAGGCAUAAAGCACAGUGACUAAAGGUAGCUAAUGUUUUUUUUUCCAUUGAUGCGAAUUCUAGCACUAUAGUAUACUUUGUUGCGAGAAGAAAAGUAAAAUGGCUGAUGAACAUUAUUUUUUUAAUUUUUAGAAAAUAUGACGAGAUCGUCUCCAUCAACGAUAUUCCAGUAACAGAGGGUGACCAAAACCUGGUGAGAUCUUUACUGGAUGGAGCUCUUACCACACUCAAUAUGGUGAGCCUGGGGGUGCUUUGUGCGCACCCUUCUGUGUGAGAUUGCUGAGUAAUAGGGAAACAUCUGUCAUAUUUAGUGUCGAGUUUAUGCUGCAGAGCGUGGCAAGAAAGGCAAAGUGCAAGGAACGGAAAAUUUACUAACCCAUAUGACCAAUGUUGUACCUCUUGAUACAAACAUAAAGUAAUUGUGAGUUAUUCAUCGUUCUGCUUAUGGCGUUUCUCAGGUUCUCAAGCGGCAAAUUGGGACAUACCAGUUAAGCUUUGACUUGGACCUCAAAGCACCGAAGAAAUCUAAAGUCGGUUAGUGUAGUAGUCAUCUUUCUAUAGAAAGUAGACUUCACUUAUGUACAGUAAUUGCAAUUUCGCGCACAUUACUGAAGGAAUGAUUUCCAUUGAAAAAGAGAGACAAUUGCCCAAAACAAGUGGUGUUCAUAACUGCAACGAUCGCUUAUAUAUUCUUUUCUUCAACCGCAGUUCACAUAUAUGAUUUUCAUAUGUUUACCAGCUCCCAGUUGGCUUGUUAGCUCAGUUUCUAGAGCGCUGCACCGGUAUCGCAGAGCCGGGUUAUGGGUUCAAAUCCCGUACAGGCCUGAAUCUUUUUAGGUCCUAUUUUCACAACUACUUCACAACUUAAUUAGUGUUCAUAACUGCGAGGAUCGCUUCCUUAUUCGUUUCUUCAACUGCAGUUCACGUAUAUGAUUUUCGCAUAUUUUCAUUUACUCUGUGUGCAUAUGAAUUUUUUUAAAGGUUGUAAGGUAUGAAUUCAAACAGAUAUUCCGUACCUUUACUCUCCUCCUGCUUACUCAGUCCUUAUUACAUAACAUCGCUAAACUUAACUCUGACAGAGAUUCACAGCUUUCCUGAAAUGUGAUGCGGACUAAACAGUUAUUUGUUUACAUCUUCUAGGACUUGGUUUCGAAUGUGGGUUAUAUGUAAAAGAGUUAAAGCAUGGUUUUAUUUCAGAGGAUCAGAACAAUCUGAAAAUUGGAGAUUACGUCAUGAAGGUAUUGACUUAAACUAAUUUAAAUUUUAACAUUCUGCGCCCACAUACAAAUACAUACAUAUAUAUACUUUAUUUAUGCCCGAAAUUCACAUUGUAGCUGUAGAGCUAAUAUCUUGGAGAAAAUAAGCUAAAAUAAAAUAAAAUAUGCUAUAUUACAAUUCCAAUAUUAUUUAUAAACUAUAUACAACAUUAUGCAUGCAGAGGGAAAUAUAACUUGUGGAUCUACCGUGGAAAAACUUCGUAUAUGAGGAUCUCCUGCUUGAAUUCUUGAAAAUUUCAUGUUUUGUAAGUGUCUGGGAGAGAGUUCCAUAUUUUGCUAGCUACGUAUGAAAAAGAGUGUAGACCGUAAGUCGUUGUUUUUGGGUUGGGAAGGGCCAGGAUAUGAUUUCCGCCCAAAAGGUAGGCUGAAGACCGUACGGUGAACAUAUCUUUUAAAUAACCUGGAUAAUUUGUAAAUAACAGACUCAUAUAACGUGAUUAUGAAGUUCUGGAGGCGUCUUAUGAAUAGAGAUUUUAAGUUAACUUUGCUUAGUAAAAUGUCAUAUGGAGAGCUGUAGUCCUGUAGUAUAAAUAGGCAAAAGUGAAAAAUUUGUCCCGGGGUAUUACUAUUGUACAAUUAAACAUUGCACUCAUUGUAUUGAAAUCUUACCAUUCAUGUCCUGUUUACUCAUCUAGGUCAAUGGAAAACACCUUGAUAAGAUAAUCGCUUCCUCGUUGGAAAAGGUUACCAAGAAGUCUGGAGACAAACUGAAGCUUCACGUUACUAGAACGAUCUCAGGAAAACCUAUGGCAUGUGAGUUCAAGGUACAGUAAGAUCUAUUUCUCCUUUGUGGUAUUGAUUUUUUUUUUGAUGUAAAAUGGAAAGAUAAAAAGAGAUUUCUGAAAACCUUUAUUACGGGCGUGGUACAAAAAAGAAAAGCGAGAAUUCGAACCACAGCCAGAUUCAAUUUCGCGUUCAGAUGAUACAGCGAACUUUUAUUGUUGUCUGCAAGCUGAAUAGUGUGCUGUAGGUUCAUGUAGGGGAAACGAAUUUCAAGAAAUUUUCGAGUCAUCAGUUUUGCGAUCUUUUUCACUAGUAGCCUUUUUGACGUUAACAACAUGAACAAUGAAACUCUGACUCGUUUUCAUGCUCCUUUUGUUUCUUGAAGCAUCUUCUAAACUCUCCGCUUUCGUCCGACUUCGUUUAAAAGGCGAGGCUUUCUUCUUCGUUAUUUUACAACCGAUAAAAUUUACGAUUUAUGUCACAUUUUUUUUCUCGCUUCCAUUUAGCCGACGAGUUAUACUGACUCCGAAUCUGACACUGUCGUACUAAGACGCCUCUCACGCGGUAAUGGCGACAACCGACUGUCACUCAUAUCAAAUGACAGCUCAAUAUCACGUGACUCCAAAUUUUCUUACAACUCAAGCCUUGGCUCCAUGAGCUCAAACAAUGAUUCGUCUCUGGCUGAUUCGAGCUCGGAUCUCUAUGGCAACAGAUUCACUGGGUAUGGCCUCUUUAUGCCCGACCGGCAUCGAACUCCAACGACCAUCUACAGCCCUUCGUCUGACACUCAAUUAGAAACGAUUGUUGCAGAUGAUUGGCCGGACGUAGGGACUGGGAACGAUUCUCAGACUUCCACGGAUGCAAAGGAAAGCGAUUCGCAUAAUCAUAGCACUCUAAAACCCAACAUUCGAUCACCAAUGAACCGAAAGUUUGUUAGCACGUCGCAACUGCAGUCGGGAACGUUUUUGACGCCGAUGGGUGCAGAUGGAACAUUAGUUCGGGCUCAGUCGACCAUCACUGCUGUUCGCGUGGACGAUGAUGGGUUGACUUCUUACUUAUCGAAAUCCUCUACAUGUGGAACGAUUGUUCCACUGGGAAGAAGGUAAUUAGAAUUAAGAUCUUCCACGAUUCUGACCCUCUUAAAAUGUUGCGAUUGUCCUGUGAAAAAUGUUUCAUAUGGGAUUGUCAAUUGAAGUGAAUAACUCGUUCCAUUAGUUUGAAUUAUCCUCAAAUACCAUAUAGUUUGAGAACAAACAGAAUGGUUCUUAAUCAAAGCGCAAAGUAGUUUGUUGCACAAGCCAGUUAACAAACAGAUCUUCUUAAUCAGCGUGUUACAACUCGGCAACUACAAAACAAAAACAAGAACAAAAUAUUCUCUCAAUAUAACUAGCAGAUUUGAGCAGUAAUGCUCUUUGAAUCGUGCUAAAAAUUAACGAAAGUUAGUACGGUAAUUUUUUACAAGGCAGAGAAAAGUCAAGUUCUUAUGUUGCUCACUUUUACUAUGUCAACCCCAAGAAUGACCAAAAUGAAUUUCUUCCUACAAUGUCCAUUAAUUCGCAAGCAGAAAAGUAACUGGAAGAAAGAAAAUAUCAAUCAGGGAAAAUCAUUGGAUUUCAUACCUAAUUCUCAGAUAAAAAUUAUUAGAAAUGUAAAGCAGACAGUAGGGAGAAUUUUUUUUCAGAUCUUGGAAAUGAAAAAAACUGGUAACUAAUCCCACUUGUCUCUUCCCAGUCCUCGUAUAAUGCGGUUCGAGAAGAAAUCGUUGGAUGGCCUGGGAGUAGAAGUCUCUGGUGGUUACCGUGUAGGUAUUUACGUCAUCGAAUUACAGGAGAACUCAAUCUGUAAGGCCGUUGGCCUUCAAGUUGGAGAUAGGCUGCUGAAGGUAAAAAAUGAAAUUUUUUUUUUGUAUUGUUUUUCUCUCCCUGUUUUAUAUUUGGUGUUUCUAUAAACAAAUAAUAAAAAGAUGAAAAAGUUUAUUUGAUAUUAGUGUGAUGUGUGAUGAGGGAGUAUUUACUUUAAUGUCUUGAAUGACGGAGAAACUUAGUCAAAGCUGAAUUGAUGUAUGAGCUCAAAUUUAACAUUAGUGUAUUGCAUCUCUUACCCUUUAGCUUAACAGUUACGAUCUCACCAGAGCGACCCUGGAUCACGCAACACGGAUUGUUCGUCUUUUACGCACGUGCACGUAUAUCAGAAUCGAGGCUCAACAAGUAUUAAGUAAGUCUCACAUUACAUCUAUCAUCUUUACUGCUAUUCAAGGUUGUAAUAGUCGAGUAGCUUCAGGAUGUGAGUGAAGUGCUCGUGCUGCGUUUUGGGAGGGGAAGCGCAAUGCCCCCCAUCCCUGUCCCGCUUCGUCUCAGCUGGUUUGGAAAAGCCAGGUCCGGGACGUCGACGAAGAGUCCGAACAACUGGUUCAUAAUUUUUACAAUUAUCUGAAAUGGAAAUAUUAAGAGUAGCCACAAUCGGGAAUAUAAGUUCAGCGCUACUCAAAGUUUGAUGCUGCCUCUCAGCUCUUCAAAUCACAAAUUUUUUCACUGAACGUCACUCUGUUUCUCUCUUUUUACUUUUACUUUUUCUCGUGCUUUCAUCAUUCCUUCAAAUUUCACACACGAGCAUCAUUCUUGGAUGUAUAGGGGCAACGUGAUCCAAUUUAUCGACUUUCUUUAAGUUAAAUCGCUAAAUCAUCGGUUAGUUUGUGUUAUUCUGUUCAGAUCUAAUCAAGCAAUUACUCUUACAUUAGAUUACGAAGAAGUCCUUGGAGACAAACCCUACGAUUCGCUUUAUGUCAGGUGGGUAAAUAGAGAGCGUAGGGGCGACUUUUGACCCUUUAACUCCCAAGAUCUCAUAAGUGAUUCUCCUUACUGUCUACCAUACAAUUGAUAUGAUGUUAGUUUGGAGAACUUGGAAUUGGAUCAACCAAUAAUCCCCUAAUUGAUAUUUUUCUUAAUUCUCAUUACUCGUCUGCUUGAUAUUGUACCGGUUAAAGUGUGAAAAGAGUUAACUUUUGACAAUCUCGAGGUGGUUUAAUGUGUGGAAGACAGAAGUGGCGCAAAAUUACGAGCGCAAAUCACGCCUCUGGGAGCCAAUAAAAUGCCGUGAUUUUGAAAUGUUGUAUCUAUUGACAAAAUUCCCCUCUCCCAUCCACCAUAUUCCUGUAGACAUUUCCAAUUCGAAAGAGUUGCGUGACAUUCAAAGUUCAAGGUAACGAGAUAUUAACAAUUCAAUAGAACUGUACAAUAAGUCAGAUGAUGUUUUAAAAGGGUUUAUCUCCGAUCUUCUUCCGUACAGGACAAUUCACCCUUAUAAGGCAAUGGCUCCGGACGAACUAAGUUUUACUGUUGGAGAAACAUUGCACGUGAUAAACACGCGCGCAAAUUACGAUCAGGCGAGACAGAGCUGGAAGUGGGUGGCUCAGCGUGCGAGGAAGGACGGGAAGGUUCUCGAGGAAGGACUGGUGCCCUGCAUGGGAAGGUAAACACGAUUGAUGACUUUACUAACAAGAAUGCAAGCCACAAAGUUUUGACUUUCCUAUUUGCGGAGCACAGAGUUGGUGAAAGACUGAAGGCAACUUCAAAAUGAUACAUUUAGAAUUAACUACCUUUAAAUUUGGGGCAAUUUUAAAAAGUAGAUUUUGAACAUUUUAAAGUAGCGGUAAAUACGCGGAAAAAAUAACUGGCUCAUCAAGCAAAAGGUUGUAGAAGAUAGAAAGGAAGAAUCGGUGUACAAUUAGGACAAAUUAAAAAGAGAAAAAAUUAUGGAGUGGUGGCUAGAGUAAAAGGAUAGUCGUGGGCUGCCAUUGGUUUUUUUAGCUCUGACAGGUUGAAAAUUCGAAACAAAAUGGUCGAAGGCAUUGUCAAAAAUGCAAACACACUUGGAAACAUCUUGACGAGACCAUGUAUAAUAUUUUAGCCGGCACCAUAAAUGUUGAUGAUCUUAACUUAAAGUUAACUCGUUGUGAACCAACUGAUCAAUUUUAAAUUAUUUGCGUAAUUUUGUGCUUUUUCAUCAGUAUUCCAGAACAUGUAGAGUCUGCUGUCCUGACGCAAACUUUUCAGCGGUUUGAAUCUGAGUCAGAGGAACAGAUGAGUGAUGACGCACCAUCCACGUUGAAGAGAGCGUCAACUGAACGUCGCAGUAUCAUACAGCGAUACCGCAAACUCAUGAAACGCGAGAGUAGAGAUUUACCCAACAACACUGAUGAAAACGGUGAGAGCAGACUUCCUUGGCAAUUGCUUAUAGCUCAAACUUUUUAUCGACAUGGUAUCGACGCCGAUUUAAAGUACUUUUAUUUCAAUAUUGCAUGCUUUAAUUUGCUUUUUUUUAGUUUCGCAGUUCUCUUUGCCAUUAACGCGGGAAGAAUAGCUCCUUCUUUCUUUGAGUCCCUUCAUGCCGUCAUGGAAGUAGAUUUAAUAUUUGCAGGAACAGUCGAUCUCCCGUGAUCACCUUUUUACACAUACGGUGAUAAGAUCACUAAAUAAGUCUGUCAGAAGUAACCUCAUAGUUAUAUGGCGUAGAAUGCCUUUUAAAUCUUUUACUUCAUGACUUGAUGGCAAUUGUUUGCCCAAGGUUCCAAAAUGCUCGGUUGUGGGGUAGAUAAAGCCAAAGUUAAGACCUAUGUAGGUACGUAAGGAUUUCACCUAUAAUAAGUAAUUUUUUCCCAGGAUUUUUUGAAAGGAUAAGAAUACUCCAGACGUUGAAUUAAAUUAGGGUGAGUUGCACUUUUUAACAUACUGCAUUUUCUCCCGGCUAGGUAAUACAAACAAAGUGACUUUCUACGAAAUCCUUAGCAAGAUUUCAGACUGA